AUGGCGACCAAGCCUCUACGCAACAAGAAAUGCCUCUAUUGCGACAGGAAAUUUGGCAAAACGGAACAUCUCAAACGUCAUCAAAGAGCCCAUACUGGAGAAAAACCGUUCAAGUGCUCAUUCUGCGACGGUGAGUACGCGCGCCGUGAUGUGCUCCUGCGACAUAUCAGGAACCACCACUCGGCUUCGGAGCGGCAGACCGUGUCCCCUUCACCAGUGACCGGUUCGCACGCGCACGCCAGUGAGCUGGUGGAGGGGCAGGCCCAAUGCGUGGCCAAGGACAACCCGCCGAGCACGGUCGACAAACAAAGACACAACGAUACGGGAGAGGUUCCAGAUCAAUUGGACCUCCAAGCUUCUCAGCGAGCUAGGCCCGUCCUCAGUCCCGACAUCCCUGAGGAUCGAAGGACGGCCGCCGCUCCGCUUGAAGGCUUUGAUGACUGGUUGGGAUCUCAAGAUUUGCCUCUGGCGGCCAACAUAUGGGACGAUCUGUCUCAAUUCGAUUUCAUGAGUUUUACGAACGAUGCACGCUUCAGCCUGUCCCCUUACCGCCCUCGGCAAACUAUCCAUUCGCCGCCCAAGGACGACAUAUCCGAUGAGAGAUACGCCAAGAUAGCAAGCCUGUGGCCCACCAAGAGACAGACGCCUCGACGGCUGAUCCAGACUCUCUGGCGUGACGUGGCUUCUUUCCCGGAGGAGAAUAUAUUCUCCCAGCCAGCUACGACGGGGCUCGGUGGGAGUGCACCCCCGCAGACGCUCUCGGGUGAGGUCGCGGAGUCGAGAUGGGGCUUGGACGAAGAGCGGAGGGCGAGAUUGAUUGAGGACUGCGCCCCGUUGAACAUGUCAUUAUGGCAAAGAGCAAACCGAGGGGCUGAAGCGAGUAUCACAAGCAGUGCGAGUGACUCCCAAAGUCAAGAAAGCGGCACACCUGCCAAGUUCCCCUCCACCCAGAUCCUGGACAUCAGCCUCGACAUCUUCUUCCGUCGUUUCCACCACUUGAUGCCGUUCAUCCACGAACCGACAUUCUCCGCAAAGAAAGCCUCCAGCACGCUUCUGUUCCCCAUGUGCCUCAUGGGGCUGACCAUGUUGGACUCGGUCCGUGCAAAGAGAUUCGUGAGCUCUCGUCUGGACGACGCCAUUGAGAGGUGCCGCCGCGACCUGGUUGUGAGUUCGCAGAAAGGAGCCCAGCUGGGUGAAUUCUUGACCACCAUGGCGGCUUCAGUCCUGUUGUUGUCCCUGGCCGCCAUCUAUCCCAAACAGCCUCUUUCUGAGCACUCUCGGCUCCUCUACAACGAGACCAUCAACGCGGCCCAGCAGCACGGGCUAUUUGCUCCUCAGGAAGGCGAACAUCUUUCGUCGGCCAUGAUUCAUUCCUUGGACAAUGUGGCCAUGUGGAGGGCGUGGACACGCAUCGAAUCGGCCAAGAGAUUGAUUCUGUGCCUCAUCAUGUCGGACUCGUUCUUCUCCGCCGUCGACGAUCAUAAUCCCAUCAUACGGACCGGGCACCUGCAUUUCUAUUUUCCCUGCAAGACAGAAUUGUUCCAAGCCGCCACCGAAAGACGAUGGUCUCAGAUGGUCUCGGCCGGUUCACUGACGAUCAUGCCUCUGAUGACACCGCAGCUGGCAUCAGCUACCCUCCCUCCGGCCUCGGAUGCUAGCGCCUUGGGGUUCUUCGGUCUUUUCUCAACGGUUUGGGUUCGAAUUGUGGAGGCGAGAUACCGGCAUACCUCUGUCACUUCCGAGCAGCCAAAUCUUCCGGUCCCAGCAGAGAUCUUUGCCCACGACGAGCACGCCGUCUCAAUCGCCCCCUUCCUCAUGAGGAUGUGGAGGGCGUACGGUGACACCAUGUGCAUUAUAAACCCCAAUUGCGAGGCUUUCUGGCACCACCUGAACAUCUCGAUGACGGCCGAUCUCGGAGUAUUUGAGAUUGCUUCCGGCAGGGAAGGCGCAGAACGUGCAAAGAACGCCCUCGACGAUAUUGCUACCUGGUCUGGAACAACCGCCGCUCGCCGAGCAUGUCUGCAUGCGGCACAGAUCUUCUCGUGUAUGUCCAAACGGCGGCCCAUCGACGGGACGUCGUAUGAGGCGGAGAUCGCUCUGGUGCAUGCCGCACUGGUGCUGGGACUAUACGUCUUCGUGAUGAUGCCCCAGCCGGACGAGACAGAGAAGCCAGAGCAGCAAGCCCAGAAACAACCCGAUGCAUUCGAACUUCUGGACCAAGUGGACUGGAACCUCGUUGGUGAAGUCGGCUUUACCAGCUACGGCACCAGCGGCACCGACAUCGACAUCGACAUGGGCACCGACGGGACAACGUGCCCGGCGAAAGAAUUCAUUCGGAACGGUGGACCGAUCUCUUUCUCGGGCGUUGUGCAAAACAGCGGCUACGCUUCUGCGAGGAGGAUGCUUCUCGAGUAUGUCUAUCUGUUGGAAGACGUGGGCACGCGGUACAACGUGAUGGAGUUCUGCCACAUCUUGCGUAUUCUGAGCGAUGCGCUGAUCGACUUUGACUCUAGCGGUGCUGAAUAG